AUGGCGGCUGGCGUACUCUUUUCAGAGAUUUUUCAGCUUUCCUGUCUGAAUCUUCAGACGUUUCUCGUGUUCUUCGUUGCCUUUCUUCUAGCGUGCCUGUAUCUUAGGCGUCCUAGAAACCUCCCUCCUUACCCGGCAGGAUGUUGGCCCGUUCUCGGGCACCUCAUCGCCUUGGGCCGAGCGCCUCACCUGAAGCUGACGGCGUGGAGGCGGCAGUACGGGGACGUCUUCACUGUCAGGAUGGGGAUGGAAGAUGUGGUGGUUCUGAACGGCUACACUGCCGUCAAGGACGCGCUCGUGGACAGGUCCGAGCUGUUCGCCUCCAGGCCGCAGAACUACCUAUUUGAUUUUGUAACUAGUUUUGGAAAAGGUAUCAGCAGUGCACAGUGGGGAAAGGCAUUCAAACAAAAGAGAAGGUUCGCUUCGACAAUCCUGAGGAUCCUCGGCGUGAAAGAAGGAAUGGGAAGCAUUGAAGAAAAGAUUCGAGAAGAAACGGACUGUCUUUGUAACAAGGUUUCACAAUACGAAGGACAGCCAUUCGACCCCGAGGGUGACCUACAGGUCACAAUAGCAAACGUCAUCUGUUCCACGGCCUUUGGAAGUCGCUUCGACUACGGUGAUGAGAGGUUCAAGAAACUGGGGGAAGCAGUUCUCAUCAUAGUGGACCGACUUGGGGCUGGGCAGAUCAUCAACGUGUUCCCAUUCCUGCGAUUUGUUCCAGGUGUGAACAAGUCUCUCCGUGAUGUCAGCAAAUACAAUGCGAAGAUCCACGCGUUUCUGUGGGACGAGAUCUCGCGCCACCGCCACAACCUGGACCGCGAGAAUCCGCGAGACUUCCUCGACUUCUGUCUCGUUGAGCUCGAAAAGCGGGAAAAGGUGGAAGAUUUCACCGAGGAACAAGCGAUGUGCCUGACCUAUGAAUUCUUUAUUGCUGGAGUGGACACCCUCACUAACACCAUGCAAUGGUGUCUGCUGUACAUGGUCCUGUAUCCUGACGUACAAAAGAAGGUCCAGUCAGAGCUUGAUGCAGUUGUUGGAGGCGCCCAGCCCGCCCUGUCCCACCGUGCCCAGCUGCCCUACACAGAGGCUACACUGAUGGAAGUACAGCGGAUGCGCCCUGUUGGUCCUCUAGGCUUGCCGCACGCCACCACGCAAGACGUCACAGUUGGCGUGUUUGAUCUACCAGCGGGAGUUAAGAUCCUGACGAACCUGCACUCCCUCCACAUGGACCCAGCCUACUGGCCGGAUCCGGACCGGUUUGACCCGGAAAGGUUUCUGGACACAGAAGGAAAGGUCAUCAGCAAGCCCAAGUCCUUCAUGCCCUUUUCUGGAGGUAGACGUGUGUGCCUUGGAGAGCAGCUCGCCAAGAUGGAGCUGUUUCUGCUCUUCUCCAGCCUGCUGCAGAACUUCACCUUCAAGUCGCCAGAGGGCGCGCCUGUACUGUCUGCUGAGGGCAUUUUGAGGAUCACACUAGCUCCCCCUUCGUAUAAGAUAUGUGCCAUUCCGCGUUGAAUGGCCAUCUCACCAUGGAACGAAAAGGGGUGCAUACUUUUGCAUGUCAUAAUGUAGUUAGAAUACAAUACUGACAUUGUGUAUAUCUAAAGGAUUUUCUUUCUUUUGCUUGACCUUAUUUGUUUAUAAUAUGUAUGUAAGUUAUCUCUAUAAUCUAUCUUGAUCCCAGUACAUCUUUAAUUUACUUGCCUUAUGAGCUUUUGAUGGUAUUUUGCAUUUAUUACUUAGGCCAUGUUGAUU